AUGUUGCUCAAGCGCCUGACAGCAUCAGUCCCGCCAGAUCUACAUCCCUUGAUAUCUCAGCUCGAAGCAGCAGGUAUCAAGACAACCGAGAACCUCCUCUUCACGCCCCUACCGACUGUCCUAUCCCUCAUUGAUGACCCGGACGCGCAAUAUGAGGUGGAGCAGCUCAUCGAGCGGUGUCUGCGGCUGACGGCGCCGGUAUCACGUUCAGGAGUGGAGGAAUUGGAAGAGGAAGGAAGUCUGGGAAAGGGAAGAUGGACGGGAUUCGGGACGGCGGGACUUGAUGGGCUCGUGGGUGCUUGGGAAGGAAGAGGGGUUGUGGAGAUAUGCGGACCGCAAAGGGUGGGCAAGUCGCUUCUCGCCCUGCAUAUAGUACUCAAACGGCUACUAGCGGAUCCGGCAAGCAGGUGUAAAUGGCUCGACACGGAUGGAUCCUUCUCUCCAGCGAGAGCCCGAGCUGUGCUCGACCAUAUGGGCUUCAUAGAUCAUGCGGAAGUUCUCGCUCGACUCAGCGUCGCUCCAUGCUACAACCUAGAUCCGGAUCUCUGGGGCGCACUGGAUACAAUCAGAGGAGAGGACAGCGGGCAAGAAGGCGCGCGAACAACCAUACUUGUUCUGGACUCGGUGACACCCUUGCUGAAGGAUCUUCUCAUGGGCAGCGGCUCACAAGGACAUGCUGCCAUGGUGACCAUGAUGGAAGAGAUAGCUGAGCUCGCCCAGAGCAAAGGCUUGACAGUCAUCGCUACCAAUGCCACGGCAUCUUCGCGCCCUACCAACUCCGCCUCCACCUUCACAGCCACCGAUGUCAAGCCCGCACUUGGUGUCGGCUUCUCCUACUUUGCAGACAUCACUCUGAUGGUGCAGUCUACCGGGAAGCUGUUUGGGGAGAUUGACGAGGGCGAGCGGGAUAGGGCGUUCAGUAAGCCGGGACUGAGGGGCGUGGUGGAAGUCAUGAAGAGUCGAGUAUCGCCAACGGGUACUUGGGCUGUCUUCGAAACGGACGGCAAGACACUCCUGGAUGUCAUACCGGCCCCGAUGGACGACGAGCGGACGAUCCUGAUGACCGCGGGGCGGCAGGUGGGGGAGGCGAGGCCAGCGUAUGGCUUUCUAAGCGAAACACUUGCGACGUGA